UGCCUCGGUCCUCCCUGAUCUAUGGUCUACCGCAGACGGACGGGGACGGCUCUGAAGCAAUUAGUGCGUGGGAAUUGCGUCCAUGGGACUAGUGAGGGUUUUGAACGUUGCCGUCGAGUUUCGGUAACGUUUUGGCGCUUGUUGUGCACUCUAAUGACGUAACUUGUUAAGGUUUGUGCAAAAACGGACGACGUUUGCAACGCGAUUAUGUCAAUUUCAAUAUGUAGAAUUCUGCUAGUCAGUAGCGACUGAUGUUAAUAAGUGGAAGCUCAGCAUGAUGUAUACCUGGGAGUGGAAUAUAGUAGAAUGGCCGAAUUUAGGUUUUGUUACGUUGGUGGAAACUGCUUUGUUAGUGCCACUCUGGGAAUACCUGAUUCUUGCGUUGCUUUUGGCCUCAAUUUGGCUGUAUUAUAUUCUAGAUUUCCAUUUCGUGGAUGAUCUUUUACAUGGCUUCAGAGGCGAAGUUCCUCGGCUUCAUUUCAGCUCAGCAUCUUAUCUAACGUCAGAAGUUUUGGCGACGUGCAAAAUAUUGAAGCAGAGGUAUUUUGCCACCCCAUGGCUAAGCAGCCCACAUCUUCAAACCAUGUUUCUUCAUUUCAACGGCAAUCCGCCUCCUGUCAAGUACCACCGACAGAUCUAUGUGACCCCUGAUAAAGGGACGAUUGCUCUGGACUGGGUUAAACAUCCCCUCAAUGACGAUAAGGGUUACGUCGACAUCAAUCAGGAGAAUGUGGAGAUUGAUGAAUCUCCAAUUGUAAUAAUUAUCCCUGGCUUGACAAGUGACUCUGAAUCGCCGUAUAUAAAGCAUAUAGCAUAUAAUUCAGCUAUGAUGGGAUGGAGGACGUUGGUCACAAAUCACCGUGGUCUUGGGGGCUUAUCUAUGACUUCAGAUAUAUUCUACAAUGCCGGAUGGACUGAGGAUCUGCGGAGAAUAGUAAAUUAUGUUCAUGGAAAGUAUCCAAAAGCACCUAUAUUUACUAUUGGUACAAGCAUCGGUGCUAACAUACUGGUGAAGUACUUGGGAGAAGAAGGUGAUUCUACACCUGUUGGUGCUGCAGCAGCUGUAUGCAGUCCAUGGGAUCUUCUGGUGGCGGACAGGUUUAUAAGUAGAAACAGAAUGCAAAGACUAUACAACAGAGUCCUGGCUAUUGGUUUAGUAGAAUAUGCCAAGAUACACCAAAGCGUUCUGGCCCGUAUUGCAGACUGGAGCUACAUUAACAAGAGCAAGACGGUUCGGGAUUUUGAUCAUCAUUGUACGCGGCAUAUCGGCAAGUAUGAGACUGUAGACACAUACUAUAGGCGUUGCAGUAGUGCUGACUUCUUGAUGAAGGUUAGAGUACCUUUGCUCUGCUUCAGCGCCUUGGACGACCCAGUCUGUAGUUCCGAAGCUAUACCUUGGGAUGAGAUUCUUGAAAAUCCAAAUGUCGCUAUGGUAGUUACCAAACAUGGAGGUCAUCUUGCAUACUUCGAAGGUUUCACAGGCCGGACAAUUUGGUGGACUCGUGCCUUGAUAGAAUUCAUGACCAUCAUGAUACCGAGUAAUCUAAUGCACACACCACAGAAGGUUUCCGAGGAUGAAAAAAAGUUUGACUUAAAUGUUUGCAAUGGCCCGUACGUAAAUGUUUCAAGUAGCGGCCUUGUGGCAGCCGAAGACCUGAAACCACCAAACUUAGCGAAUCUAGGCCAGGAGGGCAACUUCAACGAGAGUGAUAUCAUAGUGGAGAGGAAAGGUAGUGCGGACAAUAAAUUGCCAGACGAUGUUUACAUUUCUAGGGAUUUCGGAGACGAAGACGGAUCUUUGCAGCAGACAUCAGUCACCCUUUCCUUUAAAGACAAUACUGAAAUCUCGUCGUUACAUUCAGCCUUGUUACAACUACAAAAACAGUUGCAAGCUUUACCUCCAGUUGCGCAGCAGUCCCAGUGUGAGAGUCGCGGCUGUAGAGCAGACCAACAUGAUGCUGAGGUCAACUCCAAACAUUCUACUCUUCGAGCUUUGCGGGAUUGUGCAAUUCAGGCUACCGAAAUUCCUAAAAGUCCAGCUUUAAGGUCUCCAUUGAUAAAUCGCAGAGAAAUUGUAACGAAACGGGCGUUACCAGACAAAUGUUACCACAGGUUUAAUAUGAAGGAUUCCAAAUUCGGCAGUGGUACUUUGAGUUCCCCUUCAAAUCGUGUAAUUGCAGAGAAGAGUACUCCUGUAGGCAAUGGCGAGCAGAAGUCGGAGCUGAGAGCGUCAAAUUUUCCAGGUUAUACGUGGUUAGCAGCUCAACACAGAAGAACGCUUUGUCUCCUUACCUAUAUAGCGUUGGUGACAACUUGCCCUUGGCUAGGAACAGCAGUUUUCCUUUGGUGGCGUCGGAAAGCUGUUAACAUCACAACCCGCAUGCUGAGGUUCUAGUUUGCCAGGAAAUUACAACUGAAUUGGGUCAUGGCAUUAGUCAGAGAUCAAGAUUUAUUCGUCGGUUUUGAUUAUCACUCAGAACCAUUGGGCUGUAGAAGGCUGUGCACAAUAAAAAUAGGUUCAUUGACAGGUACACGUACCUACUGGAGGUGAACAACCACAGCCACUACCUGAAUCUUAGAAAUGCUGAAUGCAUUACACUAUCUAAAAUCAUUAUGCCUAGUUCCUUCAUUAUAGAAAUUGUGAUGCUAUUUGAACGACAUUGUUCCCUAAGAAAAGUUCUUAACAUGGUGAACAUUCUUCAUAUUUAAGAAACCGAGAAGAAUGGUUUUUGUUUCUUUUUU